AUGUCAAGAUACCGAGAAGUUGCCGAAAUUGUUCUUAGAUAUCUAGAGCACCGGGAUCGACUUGUUCGCUUGAGCAUAACUUCGUUGCUACCUUGGAUUGCACAUUUUCUACAUGAUCGUUUUGUUAUCAACUAUUUAACUAUAUGCAUGAAUCAUAUUCUUUCCGUCUUGAAAGUUCCUCAAGAUCGUGAUAGUGGGUUUAUUGCUCUCGGAGAGAUGGCUUUAGCACUGGAUGGGGAACUUAGCCAUUAUUUGCUGACCAUAUGUACUUAUUUACGCGAGGCAAUUGCUCCCCGUAGGAAUAAACCUUCACUUGAGGCCUUGGCAUGUGUGGGAAAUAUAGCAAAAGCAAUGGGGUCUACUACUGAACCUCAUAUUCGCGGCCUUUUGGAUGUUAUGUUUUCAUCUGGUCUUUCGACUGUUCUUGUGGAAACUCUUGAGCAAAUAAGUAUGAGCAUUCCAUCUCUGAUGCCAACCAUUCAAGACCGGCUACUGGACAGUGUAUCUAUGGUUCUUUCUAAAUCUCCUUAUCUAGGGAGGCCUGUGCAAAGCAUCGGUAAGGAACAAUUAUAA